AUUCCAGUUGUUGCAGACCUGCCUGUAGGGUCCACAUUGAGAGAUCACAUGAUGUUCUUCACGAAGGCUGACAUUAAGAAGCCGGUCAGUUACACAAACGCCAAGGUCUUCACGCCGCUAAACUGGCUCAAGUACCAUUUGUUCGGAACAGGUUUGAUGACAAGUAAUGCUGCUCUGGAAAGCCAGACAUUUAUCCGGACAGAUCCAGACAGUAAAACUCCGGAUAUUCAGUUGACACUCGUGAGUACCUUGGAGGAACAUGGCGACUCGUACGGACACUUCAACUAUAGAGACGAA